AUGGUGUCGAAGAUUUUUAUUGUUGCCUUGAUUGUUGGGACCGCUAGUGCAGCGACGUGGAUGGGCAUGCCUCCUAAGAAACCUGCAGGACUAGCUCACAAAAGUGGUUGUUAUGUAGAAGAAAUCAAUGACGUUAUUCCUUUUGGUGACACAGUGUCUCCUAUUGGCGUAUGUUACAGCAUUUCUUGUGGAAGCGUGAUGGACUAUGCAUCAUGCGGCACAGUCGCGACUGAUGAUCCCAACUGCCACGUGACAGACGAAGACUUAAGUAAACCCUACCCGCACUGCUGUCCAGACAUCAAGUGUGAUAUUGACAACAAUUUAUUUUAG